AUGUCGGUUAUAAAAGUUUUCCCCAUUUUGUCUCUUCUCUCUCGAGUCGGUUCCACCAUUGUUGUGCUCAAGAGAGCUUUUCUGUUCAACCUUUGUUUCACUAAAAAAGGACUAAAAGGUCUACUUCAGGAAGUCAGAGGACAGCAGGAUGAAGAAGGGUCUCCUACCCCGACAUGCUAUACAGACGCCUCCUGGAACGCAACUACAAAGAAAUCAGGAAGCGCUUGGAUUAUCUCGUACUCGCCAGAAGCGAGUCUUCGUGAGGGAUCCGCAAUCGUCGACAACGUCUCUUCUCCUCUGAUGGCUGAAGCGCUGGCGCUUCGAUCGGGUCUCAUAGCAGCGGCAGAACUCAACAUCACGGAACUCAGAGUCUGCUCCGACUGUCAAAAGCUCAUUAGAGCGAUCAAAAAUAAACACCAGAUCAAGGAGAUCUUCGGUAUCGUCACUGAUAUCAUGCAAAUCGCCUCUGUGUUUAUCUCUAUCUCUUUCGUUUUUGUUCCUCGAUCGGAAAACCGUAGAGCUGAUUCAUUGGCGAAACGGGCUUUGUCGAUUUCGCAUCCUCCUCCUCCUUUCUGGUCUCCAACCUUGCGUCAAUGUCGGAAUCUUCAGACUGCUGUUUCUCCAGUAGUCACUUCAAGCUACUUGCCCACUUCCUACAUCACUCAAAAGCAAAUUCAAACACCUACCUCCCCGGAAAAACAAGGGGCACCAGUGCAGGAAAGUUUAGGUGCUUUUCAGAAACUCCCCAUGCCUGACUCCAUUUUGGGUCUCACUCAGGCAUUGCUAAUAUUGCAAAGCGAGAAAGGAAUAGAGGUGUUAGGUAAAGUUGAUGCUCUGAGGAAGAAAGUGUUAUCUGUUGGAAAGGAACAUGCUUCUCUCUGUGCUAAGGCAUUGUCAAAGCGAGAGGCAGAGGACCGGUUGAGCGAAGGUGUGGAGAAGCUUGAACUGGUUUUCCAGCAACAAGGAAGAGCUGUUGAUGAUUUGUUAAGCAUAGCAAAGGUAUUGAGAGCGAUGCCAGUUGUUGAUUUGGAAAUGCCAACUCUUUGCCUUGUUGGAGCACCAAACGUUGGCAAGUCAUCUUUGGUGCGCAUUCUUUCAACAGGGAAGCCUGAGAUUUGCAAUUAUCCUUUCACCACCAGAGCAAUUCUGAUGGGUCACGUCAUUUUCAACUACCAACGAUUUCAGACACCCCUCAGGAGAUGUGAUGAGGAUAGGAAUAACCUAGAGAAGCUAACUCUUGCUGUACUCACUCAUCUUCCAACCGCCGUUCUAUAUGUUCAUGAUCUAACUGGAGAAUGUGGGACUUCUCCUUCUGAUCAGUUUGGGAUUUAUAAAGAAAUAAAAGAAAGGUUUAAAGAUUACCUGUGGAUUGAUGUUGUGUCCAAAUGCGAUCUGCUGAGAGGCUCUCCGGUGAUCUAUGCCAAGGAGGAUAGAAGCAGCGAUGAAGCGGAAAUAAUCAAGUACAGGGAAACAGGACCUGAUGGAUCAAUUCAUGUCUCAGUGAAAACAGAACAAGGUCUCAGUGAGCUAAAGAGCAGAGUGAAGGAAGUACUAAGUAAUGAGAUGGAGAAGAUCAUAAGUGAAGUGAGAGUUGAUCCAAGUGUUGCUAGUUCUUAAGAUAGAGAGAUUUGCCUUUUACCUAAACUUUUCUCAUUAUGUCUUCUUAUAAAUCUUAAAUAGGAUUAAAAUGUUAAUGCAUUAUCUAUCAAAAGGAUAAAUCGUUGAUGACUG